UAUAAUGCCUUAUUAAAACUUUGUUUGCAGGUUGCAUUCACAGGAUCAACCGAAACCGGUAAGGUUGUGCUUGAAUUGGCUGCAAGAAGCAAUCUUAAGCCAGUGACGUUAGAGCUUGGAGGGAAAUCACCUUUCAUAGUAUGCGAAGAUGCCGAUGUUGAUAAAGCUGUGGAGCUUGCUCAUUUUGCUUUGUUCUUUAAUCAGGGGCAAUGUUGCUGCGCUGGGUCUCGCACUUAUGUUCAUGAACGUAUAUAUGACGAGUUCCUAGAGAAAGCAAAGGCACGUGCACUGAGACGUGUCGUUGGUGACCCCUUCAAGAAGGGUGUUGAGCAAGGUCCUCAGAUUGACACGGAGCAGUUCGAGAAAGUUCUAAGGUACAUAAGAGCAGGAAAGGAAAGUAAGGCAACCCUUGAAUGUGGAGGUGACAGACUCGGAACAAAAGGAUACUUUAUCCAGCCAACUGUUUUCUCAAAUGUUACGGAUGAUAUGCUGAUAGCACAGGAUGAAAUCUUCGGUCCAGUGCAAUCUAUCCUUAAGUUCAAGGAUAUUGAUGAAGUGAUUAGAAGGGCAAACACAAGCCGAUACGGUCUAGCAGCAGGAGUUUUCACGAAAAAUAUAGAGACAGCGAACACGUUGACACGGGCGUUGAGGGUGGGGACAGUCUGGGUUAAUUGCUUUGAUGUGUUCGAUGCUGCAAUUCCCUUUGGUGGUUACAAGAUGAGUGGCAUUGGCAGGGAGAAAGGGAUAUACAGUCUUCAUAACUAUUUGCAGGUGAAGGCUGUUGUUACACCUUUGAAGAAUCCGACAUGGUUGUAAUUUCGGUAUCAUCAGAUUAUCCCACCGUCUAUCCCCUCAGUUGGUUGUGUCUUUAUAAAAUAAAGAACUUUGGCUUUGUUGUUUCGUUUGGAACGUAAUAAAAUUUAUUAGCAGGGA